CACGAUCGCGACCAAUUAGGGUUACACAAGACAUCUUAGGAUCAUAAUUUGAAGCGUCAGAAAUUUAAUCUCGAUGAGCAAUGCGAAGAGAAUUCGUCGUCAACGGGAUUACGCAAGGAACGAGUAGUUAUGAUUUGAUUUGAUUUUUUGAAUCUUCCGGAAUUUGGAUUUGAUAACUUUAUCUAUGUUUUUAAGAAAAAAGAUUACGAUUUUGACUUGACGAAAGUAGUACUUUAACCAAAUUUAACCGAUGGAGAUCAAAGUUAAUUAACAAGCACAAUGAUGAUAAGGUUUUAUAAAAAUCAUCUACUAGUUCAGUUUGUCUCUACACGAAUUUUCUCUCUUGGAGGCUUUGCGCCCGAAAAUUUCUUAGUCACUUUCUUCCUCAUCCUGCAAAACAGAAGAAGACAUCAACUGUUCCAAUUUAUUCUCUCCGACUAUGAAAACCAAAAACUGAAGGAUAUAUAUAGAGCACGGCAUAACUGAAGCUUAUUAAUUUAAUUAAUCUGUUUUAGUAUUAUGUAAUUGGCCUCUUUUAUGAACCGCCGGAGAAAAAAGAGGGACCUUUUAAUCUUCAAUUCAAGGAUAGAAGAAAGAAACAGAGAGAAUUAGGGUUACGUACCCUGGCAUAUCUGUAUUAGUUAAGAGUUAUGGAUCCGCAGGUGGUGGUCGAUAAGAAAUCUGAGGAGCCUGAUCUGAAGCGUCAGAAGCUGGACGAGGUCGAUGAGAAAUGCGAAGAGAUGUCGUCGUACAGCGAUUCUACGUGUAGUUUCGAUUCGGAAGAUGAACGAUUGGUCAAAGAAGAACUCAACAGAAGCGGGGAUUACGACUUUGACACCACGAAGCAAAGACGCUUUGUAAUGCGCUAUCCUGUUAACUUCGAGGAUAGCGAUGUUGUUGAUGAACCGGACACCGACGGAGAUUUGGUCCACCGAUUAUCCAAGAUUGCUCUUCAGAAACACAAUGAGUAUAACUUGACAAAUCUUGAAUUAGUGAGAGCUGUCAAGGCUAAUCGCCAUUAUGGCGCGGGAUUCAUUUUCUACAUCACCUUCGAGGCCAAGGAUAAUGAUUCUCACAUUAUUAUACCUUUUCAAGCUACCGUUCGCUACCUUCCACUGCAGGUAACCGUCUACCGUGUCAACCCUAAACCAUAAUUAGAUUGGUAAGCUCUCAAACUUUUGUUGGACUCAAUCUCCCAUUCUCUUCUCUUUACACUUCUAUCUAGUCGCCGUUAUAUCAAUGUCAUCCUUCCUCUAUAUAUCUUCCUUAAAGAUGCAUCGGUUUAGAAUCAGGCAUAUACAGUACUAUGUAUAAGUUGUUAUUGAUCUGUGUUUUGGGGUUAAACUUGCUUCUGUAUGUGUUUAGGACCAAGUAGUGGCGGAUGUAACAGGGAUGAAUGUUAUUAGAUUGGAGUGUCGGUGCAUCUGAUCUUUUGGAAUCGGGUUGUUCCUUAGUAUAAUGAUAUUCUACUCAACUUUAUAUUAUCUGCAAACUUCUUUACUGUUACUGGGAUAAACUUAUGCAUCUUUUACUCUUGUACCAUUAAGUUGUGUGUAUCUUUAACUUCUAUUGCGACAAGUUGUUUACUUUAAAAAAAAAAGAUUUUUGGUAGCUUGUAUCUUUUAUUGGUUAUACCUAGCGAGAAAUGUCAUUCUGUUGGACACAACAUGGUUAUACUAUCAUAGCUUAUUUGCUUCCUCA